GCAGCGAAACACGCGAUUCAACUAUGAAUUUAGCCGUAAGGUAUAAAUCCGAAAAAAGCGAUAGGAAAGCUAGAAAUGAUAUUCGUGGUUAUCAAAAUCAGGAUAGGAAUCAAAGUACAAGUAGAUCUUCAUCCCAAUCAAGUUACCGUAACGCACAUCGCAAUCCACACCAAACAAGAGGUUCACCAUGGCCGAACGAGACUAACAAUAAAUUUAAUAGGGACUCAAGUUCAAGUCGAAGCAGAAGCCCAAACAGAUUUAAAGCUUAUCAAAGCGAUGGAAAUAGAUAUAAUCCAAGGGAUAAUUAUUCGAGUAGGCGAUAUAACUAUAGAAGUCAAAGUUCAAGCAGAAGUCGAAGUCCUUCUAAAUUUCCAUGUUUUUUCUGUAAUAUUUUAG